CGAACGAAAAACGUCAGAUAUCCAUCAAAAAUUCAAAACAAAAUUCAUGUUUGUGGCGAAAAAAUAAGAUAAAGUGUGUUUUAUGAUAUUUAACUGAAGAGACUGUUUUAAUUUUCGAUAAAUACGGAUUACCUAUGAAGCAGCCAUGAGUUCAGUUCCUGAUAACGCUCCGACACAUUGUCCUGGGACUCAAAGUGAAGAUGCAGGGAAAGCUUCAGCCUGCGCAGGGUGUCCGAACCAGAAUAUAUGUGCCUCAGGUGUCCCGGCGGGCCCGGACCCGGCGCUGGCGGAGAUCCGGCGGCGGCUGGCGGGCGUGCGGCACCGCGUGCUCGUGCUGUCCGGGAAGGGCGGCGUCGGCAAGAGCACCGUCACCUCGCUGCUGGCGCGCGCGCUCGCCGCCCGCAGCCCCGACAUCAACGUGGGCAUCCUGGACGCGGACAUCUGCGGGCCGUCGCAGCCGCGCGUGCAGGGCGCCGCCGGCGAGCAGGUGCACCGCUCCGGCUCCGGCUGGUCGCCCGUCUACGUGUCGGACAACCUGUGCGUGAUGUCCAUCGGCUUCCUGCUGGCCAGCGCCGACGACGCCGUCAUCUGGCGCGGGCCCAAGAAGAACGGUAUGAUCAAGCAGUUCUUAUCUGAAGUGGAUUGGGGCGAUCUGGAUUAUCUUCUGAUUGACACACCACCAGGCACAUCGGACGAGCACCUGUCGGUGGUGCAGUACCUGCUGGGCGCGGACGAGGCGGGGGGCGGGGCGGGGGACGCGGGGGGCGGGGCGACGGGCGCGCUGCUGGUGACGACGCCGCAGGAGCUGUCGCUGCUGGACGUGCGCAAGGAGCUGGCGUUCUGCCGCAAGCUGGGCCUGCGCGUGCUCGGCGUCGUCGAGAACAUGGCCGCCUUCGUCUGCCCCAAGUGCGAGGUGGUAAGCUCGCUGUUCCCGGCGCAGACAGGCGGCGCGGCGCGCAUGUGCGCGGAGGGCGGCGCGCGCCGGCUGGGCGCGCUGCCGCUGGAGCCGGCGCUGGCGCGCGCGUGCGACGCCGGCACAGACUUCCUGCAAGCCCACCCCGCCUCCGCCACCGCCGCCGCGCUGGCGCCCAUUGUCGACCAAAUCAUCGCCGAGUGCGAGGGUCCUCCCAGCUAGACGACGCGGCUGCUAUUUGGGUUGUACAUAAUAUCUACAUAACCGAUAUAAAAAAAAAACUGUAUAUGUGGUGCUAUUCACGAUGGAAAUGUUAUAAAAAUAGGCGAAAGUGUUUAUACAUAGCGUCAAUGUAAAAAUGUAAAUACCACACUAUCAUAAAAUGUAAGGAUAGAUUCCUAAACAACAAAUCAAAUAAAAAUGUAGAACAAAUUA